AUGAGCUUUGAACGUUAUCAUCCAUCCAAACUAAACAUUGAAUCAAGUGACAAUAAUUACCAUCACAAUGGCAAUAAUCAUGUCCAUUUAAAAUAUGCUCCCAUCAAAAUUAUUCACAACGAUAUUGCUAAUUGUGAGGAAAGACGUAAAUAUCCCUAGUUAAAUCUACGCUUUCAACCAGCUGAUGAAACCAUCGUAAUUAUGUAUCAUAAAGUAGACUCGUCAAGAUCCAACUGUCACUAUUCCUCUGAGUUUUCUACAAUAACUAAUUUAAUAGGCUUAUUCAAAUAAAUAAUUAAGAACAUUAAAUAAUCCCUCUUUUAGGGUGGAAGAGAAUAGAAAUGAUGCAGUAGAAGAACUAAUCAAGUAGAUCGAAAUCUAAUAAAAAGGAUUUUACCCUAUUGAUGGUAAAUAUAUUAUUGUUAUAUUUUUAUAAUAGAAGAAAAAAAAAUAUAAAAUGCUCUAAUCUAAAAUUAAAUGAAUUUUAUUUUAAAAAAUGAAGAAGCUAUUUAAAUGAUUGAGACUUAUUUUUCAGAAAAUACUAAUCUUAAACCACAUUUCAAGACAUGGCUUUAAUAACUAGAAGUAAAAGCCAUAUAAGAUAUGUUGAUCUUAUGUCAUUCUGAUCCAAAAGGAUAAUAAUACUAAGAUUUAUUUAAAGCCUUAUUCCAAAAGUUAUCUAUUGAAUUUUAUCAAAAACAUGCUUAUGCCUAGAUCUUAAGAAGUGAUCAAUAAGAAAAGCUAAAAUAUCUAUCUUAAAUAGGAGAAAUCUUAAAUAAAAUAACGAAACCAUAAGAAUAUUAUUAUUUUAAGCAACGAUGA